AUGCCUACCCUUCAAGAGAGCAAAUUGGCAUUUAUCGGUGGUGGCAACAUGGCCUCCGCCAUCAUCGGUGGAUUGGUCAGCAAGGGCGUCAACAAGCAGAACAUCUGCGUCUCCGAGCCGUGGGAUGUCAACCGUGAGAAGAUGGCCGCGCUGGGUGUCCGCACCACCACCUCCAAUGUUGAUGCCGGCGGCGAUGCGGACUUGAUCAUCAUUGCCGUCAAACCGCAGGUCACAAAAGGCGUGUGUGAGGAGCUCGGUGCUGCUUGGUCCCCCCGCGCCACUCUGCCCGUUGUCGUCAGUAUCGCGGCCGGCAUCACCCUUGAUAGCCUGAAGGGCUGGUUGAAGACGAGCGACGGUCGUACUGCCCACACUGUCCGCGUCAUGCCCAACACUCCUGCUUUAGUCGGCGAGGGCGCCUCCGGUGUUUUCGCCAGUGCUGAUGUUACCGCGGAUGAGAAAUCGCUCGUCAACGCUAUGCUCGAAAGUGUGAGCAAGGCUACUGAAUGGGUUGACCGCGAGGAGCUUCUGGAUGUCGUCACUGGUCUUUCCGGAUCUGGACCUGCGUACUUUUUCGCCAUGGUCGAGCACCUAGUCGCAAGUGCUACCGCUCUGGGUCUGUCUGAGGAACAAGCCACUCGCUUAGCUACACAGACCUGUCUUGGAGCCGGCAAGAUGCUGGUCGAGAGCUCCGAUGCCCCUUCUCAGCUGCGCAAGAAUGUCACCAGCCCCAACGGCACUACUCAUGCAGCUCUUCAAAUGUUCGAGUCCCUCAACUUCAAGGAGACUGUUGACAAGUCCGUGCAGGCUGCCACCUCCCGGGCUGCCGAGCUUGGAAACACCCUUGCCAAAUAG